AUGGCUAAGAACAAUGGAAAAUCCAACAAGGAUUUUGGUGAUGCAAUUCAGAAUUACAACAAGUUUACACAAACGGGUGAAAGCCAAGUUAAUUGGGAGAAUGAAAAAGGAAAAAGUGUUGAAUUAAGCACUUCUCAAAAGCAUCAUUGGAAGCCCGUUUUUGACGAAGCUUCUUCCAUUUCACAUAAUAGACCUUUCAAGAAAAGCAAAAGCCCUGAACGUGAAAAUCAAAAUCAAAAUCAGUUUUCACCUUUCUCUCUUCCUUCUCCAGCUUCUUCUUCUUCAAGACAUGUUUUCCCCUUUGCUUUUGAUAAUAACAAUUCUCAACAAUUCAAUUUACCUUUUCAUCCUCCACCCCAACCUAUUCAAACAACACAAAACCAACAAAUGAUAUCUUUUGGGUCACAAACACAAACACAACAACAGAACAAUAUUGUUUCAUAUCCUCCACCGAUUUUGUCGCAACAACAUCAUCAACAGCUUCUUCAGUAUUGGAGUGAUGCAUUGAAUCUUAGUCCAAGAGGAAGAAUGUUGAUGAUGAUGAACAACAAUAACAAUAGGUACUUGGGAGGGCAAUAUGGUAAUAAUAAUAAUGGAGCAAUGUUUAGGCCUCAAGUUCAACCUAUAAGCACAACUAAACUCUAUAGAGGAGUUAGACAACGCCAUUGGGGAAAAUGGGUUGCUGAAAUUCGUCUACCGCGAAAUCGUACUCGUCUCUGGUUAGGCACAUUUGAUACUGCAGAAGAUGCUGCUUUAGCCUAUGAUCGUGAAGCCUUCAAGUUAAGAGGAGAGAAUGCGCGGCUCAAUUUUCCUGAGCUUUUUCUCAACAAAGAUAAAGAUAAAGACAAAGAAGAAGAAAAAGAAAAUGAAGAAGGAGAAGCGCAUUCAUCGCCACCUCCAACGACAUCAACAACAACAGAUUCAUCGGUUUCUUGUCCUUCAAGUAACACCGUUACAAAGCAGCCUGAAACUCCUUUGAUGCAGACACUUCCGAUGGAGGAGUCUAAUGAGAAUGACUCUGGAAUUGGAUCGAGUGACGCGAGUCACGCGACAGUGAGUGAAGGCGUAGAAGGAGUUUCAGUUUCACAGUCACAAGAACUGGUUUGGAGUGAAAUGUCAGCAUGGUUUAAUGCUAUCCCAGCUGGUUGGGGACCGGGUAGUCCUGUUUGGGAUGAUUUGGAUACAAACAACAAUCUUAAUCUUUUUUCGCAGUCACAAAUUCCAUUUUCCAAUCUCAACCAACAAUCAGAAUUCAGUGAUUUUGAUCCUCAGAUGAGGUCAAGUUCUUUCAUUAGCCCUUUCUACUGGAACAAUGAUCAGAAUUAA